ACAAGCAACUAAGUUAGCGAAACAUUCUUUUUAAUUGUUGAUUAAAAGAAAGUUAUAAACAAACGAAUAAAACAGGUAUCGGACACUGUUAGGAACAACACGACAAUGGUUUUAAACCGAGUCGUUUAUUUAGCAGCUUGUCUUGUGUUAUUUGAAGCGUGUUUUAGCCACGCAAGAAUCCACCACCUCACUCUUAAGAAUGAAACUCGAUUUCUCGUUCACCUCAACACAUUUGGUUACUUCACCAAUGCUACACUGGACGUCCAACUGGUGUCUGUCCGACUCCCCCAGCACAACCUCAAGAAGAACCUUGUGGGAUUUAGCUUGGCCAAGUCGCGUGUCAAUGGCAUCCUCUCCUACACUGCUGAGGAGUCAGAGUGUACUCUCACCAAAAACAACAGCGCAGAGCCCCUAAUACUCUUCAUUUUAGACACACAAAGUCUCAGUGUUCGUGUGAAGUCCUUCGGCAUUGAGGACAGCAUGCUGAAGGCAGAGUUUAAGACUGCAGAGAACACAAAGGCAGCCAAAGGAACCAGAAGAAAGAGGGACAAGCAUAAUAAUGGACAAGCUCCAGAACCCACCGUCAAGGGGCCUGCUCCACACACAGGAGCCAAGACAACAGAACCUAUUCAUACCACUGUGAGAAAAGAUGAGACAGGCACCACUAAAGCAGCCAAGGACACCAGAACACAGCCAAGUCAGACGCAAGCCAAGGCUGAGGACAAAAAAGAGCAUCAGAUGAAGGUCACUAAUGGAAUGCAGCUGGUCCUACACAAACACAACGAUGUCUACAACUUCAGUUUCCAGAUAACCAUAGGGGCGCUGUCCCAGGGCCUGUAUAAUCUGGAUUUCCACCACUGCGGAAACAGAGAGCCCGGUGCAGUCAUGCCUUACGACCUCAAUGUCCAGAUUGUUGAGAAGAAUUUGGAGGGGUUCCUUUCAGCCUCUGACAUACCUCUGCCCCGUCUGUAUCUCUGUAUGGCUGGAAUCUUCCUCACUGCUGCUGUGGUCUGGGUGCACACACUUAUGAAACACAGAUACAGUGUUUUUAAGAUCCACUGGUUGAUGGCAGCGUUGGCGUUCACCAAGUCCGUCUCUCUGCUCUUUCACAGUAUCAACUAUCACUUCAUCAAUAAAGAGGGGCAUCCUAUCGAGGGCUGGGCCGUUAUGUACUACAUUACCCACCUGUUAAAGGGAGCUCUGCUCUUCAUCACCCUGGCUCUGAUUGGCACUGGCUUCGCCUUCGUCAAAUACAUUCUCUCUGACAAGGAGAAGAAGAUCUUCAUGAUAGUCAUCCCCCUGCAGGUGCUGGCGAAUGUGGCUUAUAUCAUCAUAGAGGAGACUGAGGAAGGCUCCAGUGAGUACGCUCUGUGGAGAGAGAUCCUCUUCCUCGUCGACCUCAUCUGCUGUGGAGCCAUCCUCUUCCCCGUCGUCUGGUCAAUUCGACACCUUCAGGAAGCCUCCACCACUGAUGGGAAAGCGGCUAUGAAUCUUGAGAAGCUGAAGCUCUUUAGACAUUACUAUGUGAUGAUUGUGUGUUAUAUUUACUUCACCAGGAUCAUAGCUAUUCUACUCAGAGUCACUGUGCCGUUCCAAUGGCAGUGGUGUCAGGAGUUUCUGGUGGAGGUGUCCACACUGAUAUUCUUUGUGUUGACGGGCUUUAAGUUCCGCCCAGCCUCCAAUAACCCCUACCUUCAGCUUCCUCAGGACGAAGAGGACAUGGAGAUGGAUGAAGUUGUAACAGAGUCUGGGGUGUUGGAGGGCAUCUCCAAAGUGAAGAAGACCUUAAACGGCCGAGAGAGACAGAGAGAUGCUGCCUUGUGAGCGUGAUGUCAUAAAGGGGGAGGGGUACGGACUGACUUAAACCCCGCCCCUUUCACUCCAGCUGCAGCGGUGAUGUGGUCCUGCUGCCGUGCUAUGCAAUAUCAAGAAACCAGAGAAAACUUGGAAGUGGACACUUUCUGGACAAGUUUUCAGACUUAAAAAUGUGUGUGUGUAUGUAUGUGUGUGGGUGUGUGUGUGUGUGGCCAAGAGAGGGAGAGAGUUGGUCCUGUCUUCUGUCGGUUUAGAAAAACACAGAGUGGCCCCUCCCCCGCAUUCUGUUGAAAUGGUUCAUUCCGAGGUGAUGUCUUUAUCAGGUAGACAACUUCAUCUCAGCCAGGAAAAGAGCAGAUUCUCUCCCUGUGUGUGUGUGUGUCUCUCUCUCUCUCCUGUCUCUCUCUCUCUCUUCUUUUCCACUCCACACACUUUCUGAGUCGCUGGGGAGAAAGACUGGCUUGCAAGUCCAAAGAUUUUCAAUCGUUUUUACUCAAAAACUUUUCUUCCUUUGGUUAAUUAAUAUUUUAUUCAGUCUUUCCGGAUGUUGAUAAUAUUUAAGUUGUACUGUUCUGUUUUAUUUACUUGUAAAUGUUGAUUUUUUUUCCUGUGUGUCACACUAUUGUUGGUGUUAUUAUUCUCAUCAUUAAUGUUGUUGUUGUUGUAAUGCAGUUAUACUUUUGUUCACAAUAUUUCUGGCGGUUGCAGGAGAACUGUCCCAUUAAAUCCAGUGACUGUCCCAUUCAGACCAGUGACUGUAACACAGUGCUCCUAAUGGAUGUUCUUCUCUCUCGCGGUCUUCCGUUCUGUCUCUGUUCUCUGCAAAUGUCCUCAUCCUGUUCUGUACAAGUCUUAUGAUGAACUGGUGUGUCCUGAAGACUGUAUUUGUGCUUGAAUUUGAUUUCAGACUUCAGGUUUUGGCGUAUUUGUCUUGGACCAAGAAGAUUUUCCAUAUUCAUAAUCAUCCUUUUCUUGGUUCACUAAGAGAAAUCCAGGGGACAGAGAUGAGUUUUGCUGGCUGGUGUGAUAUGCUGAAUAAAUGUCUUGCUUUGAAUUGG